CUCUAAACCAUUGGACCCUUUCAUUUAAUGCUUUGAAAUAUUGAUUAAAUAUACUCACUCUGGUUGGCUUUAAUCUGAUUACACAUCUAGAAGUUUUCUUCUGAUGUGGUGCAGCCAUGUCUGGCGUAAUCUGGCUUAAUUAGCGCUGCUUAGCGAUUUGGGACCCCUGUCAAAGGCUGAUGUGUUAUCUGGAAACAGAAGGAGUUAAAGCUGGAGCUGUGACCUCAUCCCUGGUGAUGUUACACUGGAGUAGGAGCCGCUGAAAGGGAUCCUUUGCCUGCAUCGCCGGCCGUGCUGCCGCUCCAUUGCUUUAGUUCGGUUCCGAUACCGGUCCCGCACCCGCCGAGCAGCUCCUAAAGGAGGGGUUUGUGGGGAUGCUACAGGCAAAGGAAGCUGUGCUAAUAUCGAAUGGACUCAGAUAGACCUUUCUACCUGAUUGCAACUUCUUACUGCUUCGCCUGUGGGAGCGGCGCGGAGGAGAGCUCGCACACACCCACACGCACACAGAAGCGCUCCCGCCCUGCCGGGCAGCCGCGGUGCCAUUGAUUCCGUGCCAUCCCCGCGGCGGCUGCGGGGAGCUGCGGGCGCGCCGCGGUGGCUGUGCUGUGGCUACAAUAGGUGUCACUGUGUGCGAGCCCAAUCGCGCUCCGUGCCUGCAGCCAUUGGCUCCGCUCCGCUCCCAGCCCUGCCCGCACUACUCGGGCUCGCCGGCAGCCUGGCACUGCCGCCGUGCGCUGCUCCUGCCCUCUGCCCCGGCUGUAGCGCUGCCGGGCGCUUCCUGAGCGGGAAAGCUGGAAGGAAUGAUGGGGAUGCGUUUAACGGUUCAAGUACUGGAUCAAACUUAAACUCAGUUUCUUACUCCGGGUGCUGGAAAGGUCACCUUGUCUUGCUGACUCUCAGCUCUGCUGCUUUCGGUGUUCCAGCUUCUACAUAGAUUCCUAAAUGUUCCUGGCUAGUUAGGCUGUGGUCUUUACUCACGGGUAUACUGAUGGUAGAUGAGAAAGGAAAGAACAUGAAAUGUCUCACCUUCUUCUUGAUGCUUCCAGAGACGGUCAAGAACAGGUCUAAGAAGAGCUCUAAGAAAGGAAAUAGCAGCAGCAGUAGCAACAGCAAAUUGCCUCCAGUUUGCUAUGAAAUCAUUACCUUGAAGACCAAAAAGAAGAAGAAGAUGGCUGCUGAUAUUUUUCCCCGAAAGAAACCAGCUAAUACUAAUACAACUAAUGUCCAGCAGUACCAUCAGCAAAAUCUCAAUAACAACAACACUAUUCCUGCACCUAAUUGGCAAGGACUUUAUCCAACCAUCAGAGAGAGAAAUGCAGUGAUGUUCAACAAUGACUUGAUGGCAGAUGUUCAUUUUGUGGUCGGGCCACCAGGUGGGACCCAGCGGCUGCCAGGACACAAAUACGUCCUGGCUGUUGGGAGCUCAGUAUUCCAUGCAAUGUUUUACGGAGAGCUCGCUGAGGACAAAGAUGAAAUCCGUAUACCAGAUGUUGAGCCUGCUGCUUUCCUUGCAAUGCUGAAGUACAUCUAUUGUGACGAGAUCGAUUUGGCAGCAGACACUGUCCUGGCCACUCUUUAUGCUGCCAAGAAGUACAUUGUCCCUCACCUGGCCCGUGCCUGCGUUAACUUUCUUGAGACAAGCCUGAGUGCAAAGAAUGCCUGCGUGCUGCUCUCCCAGAGCUGCUUAUUCGAGGAACCUGACCUGACCCAGCGCUGCUGGGAAGUCAUUGAUGCCCAAGCUGAGCUCGCUUUGAAGUCUGAGGGCUUCUGUGACAUUGAUUUCCAGACACUUGAAAGCAUUCUCCGAAGGGAGACUCUGAAUGCCAAAGAAAUCGUCGUUUUCGAGGCGGCUCUGAGCUGGGCUGAGGUGGAGUGCCAGCGGCAGGAGCUGACGGCCACCAUCGAGAACAAGCGCAAGGUGCUGGGCAAGGCUCUCUACCUGAUCCGCAUCCCCACCAUGGCCCUGGACGACUUCGCCAACGGCGCCGCCCAGUCGGGGAUCCUGACUCUGAACGAAACCAACGACAUCUUCCUGUGGUACACGGCCGCCAAGAAGCCGGAGCUGCAGUUUGUCAGCAAGCCCCGCAAGGGCCUCGUCCCUCAGCGCUGCCACCGCUUCCAGUCCUGCGCUUACCGCAGCAACCAGUGGCGCUACCGGGGCCGCUGCGACAGCAUCCAGUUCGCCGUCGACAAGAGAGUGUUCAUUGCUGGCUUCGGGCUCUAUGGCUCCAGCUGUGGCUCGGCAGAGUACAGUGCUAAGAUUGAACUGAAGCGACAAGGGGUUAUCCUGGGCCAGAACUUGAGUAAAUACUUCUCGGAUGGUUCUAGUAACACUUUUCCCGUGUGGUUUGAGUACCCGGUGCAGAUUGAGCCUGACACCUUUUACACAGCGAGCGUGAUUCUGGAUGGUAAUGAACUCAGCUACUUUGGACAAGAAGGAAUGACAGAAGUUCAGUGUGGGAAGGUGACUGUUCAGUUCCAGUGCUCCUCGGACAGUACGAAUGGCACAGGGGUACAGGGAGGACAAAUUCCUGAACUCAUAUUUUAUGCUUGAGUGGGAGUGUGUGGAUACAAAGCGUUUUGCUGUGAAGAACCUGUCUGGUUCAGGCCUACUGAUUCUUAGCUUUUUAUCUGCAGAUAUGUGAUCAGUACAGGGAAUAUGUAACUAAAGGCUGUGGGCAAGUUCCUGGCUUGCUGUACUUGUAGCAUCAUUGGUGAUUGAGUGUAAUAUUUAAACUGGAAGCUCUUAGAAACAAGCAAGUUUUAAAGGCUUUGUAAGGGGGGUGCCUGUUUGCUGGUGAUGCUGACCCUUUCUUUGCUGAUGCUGACACCAGUGAAUCACCAGAGGAUGUCCCCCUCUUGUAUCUCAACACUGUCUUCAUUGAUCCAUUUUUUUCUUUCUCCAUUUUCUGCUUUCUGCUUGUAUUGGGAAGACAGGGAUAGAAAACAAUGAGUCUUGUUUUAUAGCUCUCUCUGCUGUCUGCUCUGCAGACUUUAGACAUUGCUGCUUUGGACCAUGGGGGCUGGAAGAAGUCCUUCAGUUGUAAGCAGAAAAAGCACAAGUUUAAACCUUCAUCCUGUGAGGUUCUCCUGUAGCUAGCUGUUUGGGAUGGCUCCAGGGGCAGAUGGGAAGAAGGCAGCACCUUUCAGGAAGCUCCACCAGCCAUAUCCCCAGUGCAUGGACAUGUUCACAGUGAGGAAGGGAUGUGGGCUUGGCAAGUUACCCUUGGAGUUCAUUUUCUAGGAAUCCCACCUUGAAGGCAAGGAAGUACUUGCAUGUGUUCAAAUUGUGUGUGCAGCUCUUGAAACUCUACUCCCAUCACCCAGGUUUUGCUACACUGGAGUUGAUAUGCUCUUUAAAUGGCAUUUCUUUGAACCCUUCCUAAAUAAAUGGGAAUUUGUGUCAAUCAUCUGAUGCAGGAUAAUUUUUUGGUUUUUUUGAAUGGGUUUUUUCUUCUUCCUAAACAUGGUAGAGGUAGAUUUUAGAGGAACAAAAGAAUGUAUCAAUCUUGACUUGGAUUUUUUUCUGUAAUAUGAGCAUUUUUUUUUCUUUUUAUUACCAGUUGAAAUUUAGACAAAGACAGGAGAGUCCCAACUGUGGUCAUGUUACACUUAGUGUAUAAUAGCAGUGAGGGGGAGGAAGUCUCCCCUAAUGGGUUAUUGUUGGAGCUCUUGCAAUUGCUUAUGGCUGCACAUCAUUCAGAGGAUUAUGUGGUCUGGAACCUUUUCCCUGGCUGAGUUUUUCCCCCCAGGAAGUUACAUGUCCAUAUCAUUUUUGGUGAUGUAACAGGAAUGUCUGUAUCAUUUUUGCAGAAGUAUGAGGGAUACUCCUUGGAUCAGGGGAGGAAACCAGUAUAAAUAAGAACUACAGGUACUGUUGAAACAUGAGAAAAUCCUUCAUCACUGCACAGGGACAGUGUUCCUCAGAGGCUGUACUGCCCAUUGUGAAGCAUCCUGCUUCACCUCCAAAAUGGCUUCUGUUUGUUGUGUACCUUUGAACAAAAUGAGAGGACCAAAUGAUUCUUUAGACCUGCUGGAGAUGAAUUACAG